GAUCUCUACCUUAUCCUGUCUUUAGUAGGAAUUUUUUCCUUGGUUAACAAUGAUCGUUAUUUUUUCUUAUUGUUUGAUCGUCUCAUAGAGAGUGAGAUUCUCAUAUUUCUAUUGAUCGUCGCAUUCAAGAAAUGAGAAAUCCUAGUUUCUCCCUGGUAGCAGCCAUCACCAAGAGGUUAGAAGGCAAAGUCGCAAUCAUAACAGGUGGCGCAAGCGGUAUAGGUGAGUGCACGGCCAAAUUGUUUGCUCGUUAUGGAGCCAAAGUCGUCAUUGCUGAUGUUCAGGACGAUCUUGGCAAAUCUGUUUGUGAAGAUGCUACCAAUUCUACAGGAGGAACCAUGUCUUAUGUUCACUGUGAUGUUUCAAAGGAACAAGAUGUGAAAAGUCUUAUCGAUGGAACCAUGGAGAAGUAUGGAAAGCUUGAUAUAAUGUUCAAUAAUGCUGGAAUCUUCGGGGAUCUAGAUCAAUCAUUUUUGGAAAGUAAAUAUGAAAAUUACAGGAAAGUUUAUGAUGUAAAUGCAGUUGGUUCAGUUUUGGGUGCUAAACAUGCCGCCAGAGUUAUGAUUCCAGCCAAGAAAGGAAGCAUACUAUUCACUGCUAGUGCUGUUUCGGUAGUGGCUAGUGGGGCUCCAACUGCUUAUGCUAUGUCAAAACAUGCAAUUGUGGGAUUAACAAAGAAUCUGUGUGUGGAACUAGGGCAAUAUGGAAUCAGGGUUAAUUGCAUUUCACCCUAUGGAGUCGUCACACCUAUGGUCACCAGUGCAUUUAAUUUUGAGGCAAGUAAGGCACACGAGAUCAUUGAUAAGGCGGCCAAUUUGAAAGAAGCCGUGCUUAAGCCCGAGGACAUAGCGGAGGCAGCAGUGUAUUUGGGCAGUGAUGAAUCUAAGUAUGUAAGUGGAAUGAAUCUUAUUGUUGAUGGAGGUUAUAGUACAACAAAUCCCUCGUUUGUUACUGUAAUGAAAAACAGCAUUUGAUGAAUGCCGCACUUGAUAUGUAUUUUAUUGCCAGAUUAUUGGACGUUUAAUCCUGAUAAAAUACAGAUUGAAUAUUGUGGCUUUUUUUAGUUGA